UAAAAUAUAUAGAUCCUAAAAAAAUCCUAAUUAUCAAUGAAGUAACAGGGAAACCCACAGUUCUUUUAAUAUCUACGAAGAGGAACUGUACGUUAAAGUUUAUAAAUGAUGUCGUUUGAUUAAUCGAAAAAUAUUUAGUAAUAUAGAAAGUGUUUAUAAUUGACGUACGAUCAUUGAGAAUAUUAAUCCAUAUAUUGAGAACAAUAAAAUCAUCAAAUUUUGGAUGAAAUAUAUUUUUUUAUAUAAAGGACAAUUUAUUACAAUAAAAUAUGGGUAAUUCACAACCUAACCAAUACAAUGUACCAGAAACUGCACACAAACAGAAUAAAGUAAACGAAACAAGUAAGAAACCCGAAGACAAUACUAACUUAAGUACAAAGAAUGAGGGAACUACGCAUAAAAAUCAGAGUAAUAGACCAGUAGAAACGAAGAAAAAAGAUAAUUAUAAAGUAGAAGAUUUAAGAUAUUCAAAUCUACAUAAUAAUACAAAUCCAAAUAAUCCAUAUCCAUAUAAUACACAUCCAUAUAGUAUACGUCCAAAUAGUACGCAUCCAAAUGGUACGCAUCCAAAUAGUACGCAUCCAAAUAGUACGCAUCCAAAUAGUACGCAUCCAAAUAGUACGCAUUCAUGUAGUACACAUCCAAAUAGUACACAUCCAAAUGGUACAUAUCUAAAUAAUACAUAUUUAAAAAAUGUACAUCCAAAUAAUACAAAUACAAAUAAUAUAUAUCCAAAGCUACAAAGGACAUAUUCAGAUGAUACCAAACCGUCUUGUCCCACUAAGGAAGAAUUAUAUGAUAAUAAAUCUAUACAACAAACACAGAAUGUAUCGACUGAGAAAAAGGAUAACAUAAAGUCUAUGAUUAAACCUCCACCAAAUUUAGUAGACAUAAAAAAUUUCAUGACAUCUUGGACCAUAUGGAAAGAACAGUUAAUGAUAUUUUUGAACCUAAUGGACGAGAACAAGGAAAAAUAUCAUCUGUGGGGAAAUUUUCUUUUGAAUUUCAUGGGUGUAGUCAGCCAGGAAAUUCUUGAUAAGUUAAUAUUUUAUCCAAAUGAAAAUAAAAAUAAUUUCUCAGUAUUAAUUAAUAAGUUUGAUGCAUAUUAUAAGUUCAAUACAACUACUAAAUCUGAGAAUGAGAGCAUCAUGGAUUAUGUGGAAAAAUUGAAGAUCGGUGCUGUUAAAAAUAUAAAAAAUGUUGAUUAUGUAUUAAAAGAGAAAUUGGCAAGCGAUAUAGAAAAGCAUUGCAAAGAACGAUUCAUUGCAUUAGCUAGUUGUAAAUUGUCAGAUUUCAAUUUUGACAAAACAUUUAAAGUUUUAACAUUAGCAGAAAUUGCUUUUUUAUGGAAUUUGUGCAUUCAAUCAAAUUGUGAAAACAACAAAAAUUGCAAUUACUGCGGUAAGUCCCAUUUAGAGGGACAAUGUUUAGCGAAAGGUAAAGAAUGCAACAAGUGCAAAAGAAGAAAUCACUUUGCAAAAUGUUGUCCUGGCCUGAUGUAUAUUAAUAAUUGUGGUUUUUGCGGAGGCGAUCAUGGAUUUAAGCGAUGUCCUGCUUUUGGAGAAACAUGCACUAAAUGCGCCAAGCAGAAUCAUUUUUCGUGGAUGUGCUCUAAAGCGAUGUUAGUAAAAAAUUGUCGGUUUUGUGGCCUGAAUCAUAUGAUGGAUAGAAACAAAUGUCCAGCAAAGAAUAGUACAUGCUGCAUUUGCAAAACUGUUGGUCAUUAUGAAGUAAAAUGCCGCAGUAACAAGACAAAUAAUGACGUAAAAUAAUAAGAAAUUAAGUAUUAAGAUAAAAGAUUUGAUUAUUCCUUUUUAAUCAACAUAUAUUUUAUUUUACUACACAACUAUUAUAAGCUUUUAACUACGACUAUAUAGGUUAUAUAAGUUUUGGGACUAUGUCAAAUGUAUUACUUAUAAAUGUAAACUCGUUAUAUACCUUGUUAUAUGCUGUAUUAAAUAAAGUUUGGUAAAAAAAAAAAAAAAAAAAAAAAAAUAAACAGAUUGACAACUUUCCUUCGAACGAAUGAACACAUUUUUAAUUUGGAUAAAUUUUCUUAACAAAAGAAUAUCGUAUUUGACUUCACACCGUUCGUAUAUAAUAAUAU